CUUUCCUUUACCAAGUAAUCCCGCAUUCCAAUAUUAUCCCGAAACCCGAGACCGCGAUCGAGAGCGCUUCCUCGUCCUCCGGCAACAUUGGCGGAACCCCAUGGCUGGAAUCGAUCACGGACGCCCGCUCCCCGCCGCCACCGCUGCGAUGCCCCGGACGCUGCCGUCGGACGCUGCGUUCGCCAAGCCCCGGGGCGGGGCCCGAGUGCUGGCCUUCAUCCUCCAGACCUUCGUCAUGGCCGUCGCCCUCGCGCUCUUCUUCCUCUUCGCCGGGGUUGCCGCCGUCGUCCUCCUCCACCUCCUCGUCGCAGGCCGCACCCUCCGCCGCCGCAGCCGCAACGGCCCCCUAUUUCCGAACGCGGCCGACGACGCUUCGCCCGCCGGCCUCUCGGUUGCCCAGCUGAAGGGGCUUCCCUGGUUCGAGUACUCCGGUCGAUCGGCGUCCCCGCCUUGGCCUCCGCCGGACUGCGCCGUGUGCUUGGAAGGGUUCGAGAAGGCGGAGAGGUGCCGAGCUCUCCCCUCGUGUGGGCACGUGUUCCAUGUCGCCUGCGUCGACCGGUGGCUGGCGAAGUCGCGUGGUUGCCCGAUCUGCCGCACUCUCGUUGGCGUGGCGUAGCUGGAGCCGACUGUUGGCCGGCCGACGGGGUGGGUUCGUUCAGUGGAUCUUUGUAAGUUAUUUCUGUUCCUUGUGUUAGGGUUCCGUGUUUAUUGUACAAAAUGAUGUUCUUUUUUUUUAUCAAUGUAGCGUUUUGGCCUUGUUUAGCUGGAAACUUCGGUAAUCUAAGGUCUUCUCUUGGAUUCGA